UUCAGAAGUGUGAUUCGAUUAAGAACGUGUCAAAGUUUAAUAAUUUCAUAAUAUUUUUGCCGAUUUUCGAGUAAAAGUGAUAGAUUUUUGAAUUUUUAACAACGAUGGCAAAUAUUUUAACACGUGCUGAGGUGAUUCGUAUAUUGACAGACGCCGGCAUUGAAUUUGAUCCAGAUGCGACGAUGACUACUUUGCGCCCAAUAUACGAUGGAUUGAUCGCAAAUCAGAUGCAAAACGUGCAAAUACAACGAGAAAAUGUGCAAAACGCGCCGGAAAUACCAGAUGAACAUGGAAAUGUGCCCAGAAACAAUGAUGAUCGUGCAAAUUUUGGUGAACCAGAUGAACAGCAGCAACAACGGGAAAUUGAACAACAACGUGCUUUACAACAACAACAGAUGCAACAGACGCAACCAGAUGCAAAUGUAAGUGUUCAUAAUCGGUUGAAUUUAGAUUGGAACGCAGAAGAAGCCGAAAUCGAUCGACAAUUGGCAAUUGCUCGUAAAAAACGUGAAUUGAUGGAAUUACAACGUGAAUUGGUGCAAAUGGAAACACGGAAAAUCGAUUUACAUGUGCUUGACGCAAUGGUGACAAAAUUUGAUGGAUCUGAAUUGCAUGACAUUGCGAAAUGGAUUGAAAAUUUGGAAAACGUGUUCGUCAUGUUCCAUUAUAGUGACCGUGAUAAAUUGGUUGCUACCCGACAUUUGAUGACUGGCCGUGCAAAACGUUUUGCGGAAAUAACAACGACAUUUUCGUACGAUCAAUUCAAAAAGGCAUUGUUGGAUGAAUACAAACGUGCAUACACCGUGCAAGAUGUUUUUCGCCAAUUGAAAGCACGCACAUUGAAACCAGAUGAAACACCACGCAAAUACAUCGUCGAAAUGCAAUACAUUGCGAGCCGAUCGAACAUUCCAGAAACCGAUUUAAUUGAUUUGAUCAUUAGCGGCCUGAACGAUAAAAGUGUUCACGCAUCAAUUUUGUACAGUGCUCGUACAUUGGCCGAACUGAAAAUGUUGAUGGAACGUUAUGAAAAAUUACGCCAUGCCUCAGUGCAACCAAGAUCAAGUGCCAUGCCAGCUGCAACAAUGAAACAGAAGCCAUACGUGCCAGAUGCCAGUGCAAAUACACGUGCCAUUGCAAGUGCCAGCGGUAGUACAACGAAAAGUGUUGGUGAAAUUGAUUUGUCGGGAAUUCGUUGCUACAAUUGUUUCAAUUAUGGGCAUUACCAGAGCAAGUGCACGGCUCCAAAGCGGCCACCAAAUUCGUGUUUCAUAUGCCAUGAAGUCGGUCAUACACGUCAUGAAUGCCCGAAAAAGAAGAAGCCAGAAGCCAGUGAACCAAAUGCGGUUGCAUCAGUUGGAAAUCCGCCACCAGAAACAAGUUAUCAGGACAAUUGGGACAUCGCAGAAGAUGAAAACGAAGUACGCCCUCUAGCAACGCAGUUGUCAUCGAUGCAAAUGCCCCGUUAGUUUCGUGAGACGUUCGAUGGUACCAUUUGCGAUGAAUAAAUUAAAAUGUACACCGUACCGUGGAAUGGGCAAUAAAAAAUUAAAUAAUGAUGCAGUGGUACCAUUACUAGUGGGACGAGAUCUAUUGAAGAAACUUGAGAUCUACUUGUGCCAAUUAAAAUCAUACAAAUACACAGCCUGCGAGCUAAUUAAAAUUAGAAGUAAUAUGAAAAAUAAAAUGCCCAAAAGUACCAGUGCACUUAAGUUGUUUAAUUUGUUUAAGAGUCCGAAUAAUAGCAUUACAGAGGUACCAACCACAGAUAGUUUUAAGAAUAC